UCAAACAACAUUUUGAAGAUGUAGUGUCAGUCUGUCGGUCAGUCCUCUUAGUGAAGCUAUUUCGACGAACAGAUUCAAUCUUCUUUUUCUUUAAAUAAAACGUUGCCUCACACUAACCACUUAUUUUUAAUAAACAACGCAGAUAAAGUACUAUUUCUAAUGUUUACUUUUUAUUCUUCCACAGAUGUGACUACCCUCGUCAUGGCAGCCACCGACGGCCAAGUUGUGGCCGCAGCUUCGCGCUGGUGUGAGGAAGGGAGCUAUCUGCGAGAGUUCGCCGUCAAGAACCGCUUGCCAAGCGUCGCCAAGAUCAUCAAAGGACAGUAUGGAGGCCUUGGCGUACCAACACUUCCAAGCCCUGGACUUCAGAGCACCGCAUUGCUCGUCUCAGCAGGAAAAAGAAAGAAAAUUAUAGCUCAAGCCAUCAAACUUAAAGAAGGAAGACGGAUGGUAAGCGUAGGACCUCGAAUAGCCAUUCCCGAAACGUAUAAAGGCUAUUUUGAAUUACUAAGCGAAGAGGGCCGGGCAGUAAGGUGCAUCGAAUCUGUAUCAGAACUAGCUAGAAGAAAGCUAGACGAUGGAUGUCUUGUUAGAGAACCAGUUAGAGUAAUUUGUGCUAAAACAGACUUAGAUGGCAAUGUGACAGCUGAUGGGGCUAGAAAUCUACCAGCUGGGGAGGUCAUUAUGCCUAGAGGAGAAACGUUCUUAGGUAAAAAUAAGUAUUUGAAAUGUACAGACUCUAAAGGAGACAUGAUUCUUCUGAGUCUAGAUCAAAGAGGGAAGUUCUCCGCAGUUGCUAAGGAAGAAAACAUCAGUGGAGUACACACAGCAAAGACUUUGUUGACUAAACGUUUGCCUAUUACUGUGAGACUGGUGCAUGGAACUCCGCCAAGAGGGCUAAAAAGCGCCAGCCAUUUUGUCCCAGAACUAAGACUGCUGUCAAUGUUUGAGGAAGACCACGUUUUUGCUCUCCCCCUUCCAAAAGAAGGCAAUGCAUUAGUAGCACUUCCCUUAGCGGCUCCACUAAAAAUGCAAAGAUGCAAGAACGAGGAUCAAAUUAAGAACUUCAUGGAAUUUUCUAGACUAGUGGAAAAAAUACAUGUGUUGGAUGGAAAGUUAGGUGAUCCUAAGAGGCUUCUGAAUGGACCUCUACAUGCCCCACCUUUAGUCAAAACUGGAUACUUCCUUAGACGCAGUGCAUCAUCAGACACGGCGAACCAACACAAGCACAUGUCUCGCCACAAUCACAUCUACAGCAGUCAUCGAGACGAGAACAGUAUCCCGGACGAAUAUGACGAAAUAGACCAAAUUUACGACUACGUCAGAGGAUUUGCGCCUCUACCUAAGAAUAUAAAAGCAUCAUACUCUAAUGAACCAUCUCCAAGACACGAAUCCGCACCAUCAUCACCUGCAGCAACUCCUAUUCACAUGCCUUUAAUCACAGAAGUUAAACCAGAACCACCGCCGAUAGAGACAAUACCUACAAAGAAGCCAUUGAACAUUCAGAAGGCAGAGAAGAGAACGAGAAAAGCACCAACUCCUAUCAAAGAAACCCCAGUCACUGUUUAUAAGGAAAAAUGUUCCAUAGCUCCUGCAGCGAAUCUUCCUAAACUGUACAUCAAGAAUAGUGUGAACAAUAGUAAGAAUAGAAUGGUCUUCCGUCAAAAGAGUACUUCGCCUACUAAAGAGGCACCUAGUCCAGUAACUAGUCCGAUACGACCGAUCAAAGGUGACUCCCCAAUCUUCAAUAUAAGAUAUAAAAGUCUAUCAAAUAUCCACCAGGCCAUGGAAUUGGAUGGUACGUUAGAUUCUAGCCAUUCUGGUGGAAGGACGUCUGGGGAUUCUGGCAAUGGUCCCAAAUUGCCCGAAAAACGGUCUAGGAAGUUAAGCAGGCCGAAGUCAUUGACGAAUCUGGUUUGGGAGCUGAAAGGAUGUCCUGAUCCGGAGAAACCUAAGUCUAGAGUAAAGAAUGAAAGCUACAAGAAGAUUGGUAACAAAUUGUCUUUGGGAGCUCAGAAAAGGGUGCCGACGUUGUAUCUUUAGAUUUUGGUCCACGUUGUCUAAAUGACAGACGUGUGUGACCAAAGCAGACAGACACGACAGCGACUACAACGACCGAACAUAACAUAACCGUUACAUUUUGAAUUUACGUCACACUUCGGCUAACUUCGCGAACGUUCAGGAAUGGACGGCGAGCAACGAACAAACUUAAAUACCUAGUAAAAUUCAAGAGACGCUAGUGAGAUAUAAGGUUUAUUGACCAAUAGAAUUCGUGCUUAUGAUAAAUCAUUUGUCAUUAAAGCACAUGAAAGCUAAGCUGCUAAUGAACUUAUUCAACUGUCAAAAUACAAGGCCUAAUGGUCUUAUAUCUCACUAGCGCCAUCUAUUAACAACAAAAUGAAAAUCCAUCAUUGUGAUAACAAAAUAACUUUUCAAUCAAGUUGAUUUUAAAGUCAGCUGUGUAAUAUACCAAUUCGAUUUUUUUUUUUCUUGUAAUAAAUUACUAUCGCUCUUUUGACAUUUGUCGUGAACAAAAAAGAAAAGAUAUUAUUUUUUCACAUCAUUAAAUCUACCAAUAACGAAGUUAGCUACUACAACGAAGUUAUUACGAAUGUUAGAAAAACUUAAAACUAAACAAAUGAAAAUGUCUUACUUGUUUUGUAAAAUUAUUAACGAAGUGCUGGAAUGUGAGUAUAGGCAUUAAAAUUGUACUUUUUGUAGAUGGUAACAUUUCUUUUGAGUUGACAGUUUGAGAUGACAUUAGAAUUCGUUUUGGCGCCAUUAUAAUGAAACCUACCUAUUCGUUAUGGUUACUUUCCUAGGAAUAGAAUUAAUUGUUAAAAUUCGUUAAAAUGUUGUGCAAUUAAUAUAAAUACUAUUUCACGUAAAAAAGAGAAAAAUAUUCCUUAUAAAGAUAUGUUACUAUUAGCAGAAAAUCAUGUAAGAGAAAUUAAUAAUUUUUAAAACGAAAAAAGAACUUAAUUUUGAUCUCUUAAUGGAUAAUUAUUUAUGAAUGUAAUGCCAUAUUAAAGUAUAAUACCUACUUCAUUGGUGUUCGUUAUUAGUUAUAAGUUUGGGUCUUUCAUCGUUCAGUGGCUAAUUAUUUAGUUAUAAAUAUUCACCUAGAAUAAUAUAGUGAUUAUAUUUUAUGAAAACUAUUAUGAAUAUUUUUCGUUUACAAUGUAAGACAGUCAGCGCCAUCUAGUUUCGCAGUGUAGAAGUAAGUGCGAUUAAAAAGAUGGCGGAUAACAUUGUGUGUGUGAUGUUUUUUUGUGGUUUUAAGUCGGAAUUUAUACAAAAUGUUUAGAUGAAAGGCCCUUAAAGCUCAUGAUAAUGAUAACAUAGUAUAUUUUAAUCAAAACAAUGGAGAAACCAGUAGUCGUUUACUUGCUAUGAUUAAAUUAAAUUUACAAUGUAGCGUGCCGGAUGAUUACAAUUAGAAACGCAAUCAUAUUACUAUGGAUCAAAGUCAUGAGCCUCUUACGAUUAACUAGGUAAAGAUUUCUCUACUUAACGAUAACAUUUUGAAAAUUCUUUCUGUUGAUGCAAACCAAAAAUGCGAGGUGCCUUAAAAAUGCUUUUUUCGAAAAAAAUCUUUGUAAUAAUACCUAAUUAUUAAUGUCAUAGUUUUUAAGGGAAAUAGUCACAAAUAUCUUCGAUUUUUUUAGGUUAUGUGUAUUUAGUUUUUAAGACACUACAGGUUAUGCAAUUCUUAAGAUAUGCAUUUAUUCUUUUUUUUGAUAAAUUUAAUGUUACAGUCAUAAUUGUCUUAGUGCACUGGGAAUUUUUGUUUCAAAUAUAGUGCUGGUGUUGUUUUCGUGUUACAAAUCUACCCUUGCGCAGUUAAGAAGGUCAAGAAAAAAAAU